UGGUUUAGAAAGUUAGUUCUUGUAAAACAAGAUUAGAACAAAUUUAAUAUUAAGUUUGUUAUAAAAAUUUAAAAUAUGUAAGUAUGUGAUACAGAUAGGGGAAUAUCUUGCUAUUCUUUCUUUAUAGCUGCAAUAGUCUAGCUAAUUAUAACUAUAUAUUUUUCAAUUCUUUGUGUAAAGGCAAUGUAGAUCUAUAGUUUAACUUCUUAUAAAUAUCCAUUGAUAUCUAAUAUACAUCUACUCAAGGUAAUUACUCUAUUGUCCAUUUUAGCAGUGGACGUGGCAGGGCUCUCUUUAGCUUUCGAAAGAUCCUAGAAUGAUUCUAUUGAUGUAAGCGAAUUACUAAAUAGUAUUAUCUCAAUUAUAAGCGAAUUUGUUUGUAUUAUUCUGCUCAGAAAAGAGUUUUUGAUAUUGAAAUUAACUUCUGGAUAUCUGAGAUCAUACAUCUCAAUAAGUUUCUUUAUCUACACAAUAGCUAUGAUGAUCAAUGCAUUUAACAGCAGGUAAACUUAAUUUGGAUUGUCUUCUGAUUAAAUAGUAUAUAUCGUAUGCUUAAUUCUGAAGUUUCUCUUGACAGCUGAAGUUUUUGUAUUUAAGUCUGACUUCAUCAAAAAUAAAAAUUGUGUUGAGUAAGAAGAAAAUGCUUACAAUUUUACCUAAAAUGAAUUAAAUUAAAACAGUGAUGAUCUCUAUUUUAACUUGUAAGUUUAACACAUGGAGAUUGAUUCAGGGAAAGAUGGAAAUAAAUAAUCGAAUGGUGAUUUUUAAAUAAUAUAUUAAGAAGAAAUUGACAAUACUAGCUCUUAAAUUUUCCACUCUAAGAAUCAUCAAAGCAUAUAAAAUUUCAAUUAGCAAAAUUAAUAUUUAAGCCCUCAACAAAAUCUUAAAGGAGAAAAUAAUAUGAAUAAUAGAUAAAUUUGUUAAUUUAGAUCAACAGGGAAAAAAAAUUAUUACUAAGAUGAUUUGCUGUGUCCUACUCACUUGAACUUUAAAAAUAAUAUUGAUAAUUCAGAUAUGAAAACAUCUUAAUAACUCUCUGAUUAGAAUCCUCCUCAUGCAAAGUGUAGCAAAUUGAGUGUACCUUUAAGCAUAAAUAAUAAAUCUUAGGUAUCUAAAAAUGAAUUUGAUGGGAAGGGUAAGAGAAAUUCCUAAACUAGUAAUAGUACAGAGUUUAUACAAAUUAGUCAUUUAUUUAUAAAAGAAAUUUAUAAUUCAAAUGGAGUAAUUAUGAUUAAAAUUUUAAUAACUUAUAUAAAUGGUCAGUAAGAAGAGUUACACAAAACUUUGCAAGAAUUCUAACAAAUAGUGACAUUUAUUAGAAAUUUUUUCAAGCAGCAAGAUCCCGAUUUAAUUGAAGUAGAAUAAAUGAAUUCAAAUUAGAAGAUAAAUAAUUAUUAAGAAUAAGAAACACUGAUGAGAAAAUUAGAAAAAAUUAUGAAUCUUAUAAUUAUUAAUAAUUUUCAUACAAAUUCCAACAUAAGCAGCUUUUUUAAGAUAAGAGAUUAUAAUCGCUCAUCUUCUUUUAAUGCUAAUUGCCAAGAAGAACAAGUAUUUAGCUCUUUUAGCAAUUACUGCUACUCAGAAUAGGAAAAUAAAUUAGAUAAUUAAGCAAUAAGGGACUAAAAAAGCUGUUAAGAAAACUAGAGAUCUGCAAAUCAACUUACUUUUGAAAAUAGAUUGACAGGAGGUAGUAAAAUGACAAAUAAUUAGGAAAAAUAAAAUUACUUUAGUGAUUAUAAUCAAAGUCAUGAUGAAUAUAAUGAUAGAUUGAGUUAAUAAGUUUCUAUUAGUAUUGGAUCUGUAGCAAGUUCAAUCAAUGAUGACUCUUAAGAAUUGAAAGUAAACCAAGAAACUAAUGAUAAAGAUUUAAUAAUAAAAGUAAAAUAAAUAACAACUCAAUUUAUUCAAAAAGAAGAUUAUACAAAAUACAUAAUUAAAUUGCAAUAUUUUACGAACAAACAAGUUAAAGAUCUUACAAUGGAAACAAGAUAUAAGGAUAUACUUACAAUACACAAUACAGUAUUUUAUAUAUAAUAAAGUCCUUAUUUAAAUAUUAACGAAUUAAAAAAUCAUAUUAGAUCAAAGAGUAACUGCCUAAAAUUGAGAUUCCUGAUUUACCAUUUAAGGAAAGAAAAUUAGAUAUUUUCAAGAGUAAAACAGAUUCAGACAUUAUUGAUUUCAGGAAAAAGACUCUUCCAUCAUAUUUUGAAACUAUUUUAAAUAAUAAAUAAAUUAGGUAAUUAGAUUUUAUCAAAAAGACAUUUUUUUUCUGAGAAUUAUCAAUUUAACAAAUUUAAUAAAUACGCAUAAACUAAUGUAAAUAAAUAUAUAUAUACUAAAUAUAUAAUUUGUAUAAAAUAAAUCUAAUUACAAUUUAAUUUAUCAAUUUCAAAAUAAAUUUAUGUAAAUUUUAAAUAAAUAUGAAUAAAUUUUUAAGUUAAAAAUAUUCCUUAAAUUAAUAAAUAAAAUAAAAUUAGUGGAAUAAUAAGAUAAAAAAUAAAUCAAAUAAAAGCUAUCAAAUAAAUUCAAAGAUUUUUUUUAUUUUAUAUUCAUUUUUAUAGUUUAAAAUAUCACAAUCCAAAACAAAUA